AUCUUGUUUCAAUUAAUAGGAUGGGUGCUUUAGGAUUUCAUAUCAAGUUUGGGAACAAUACAUUUUCAUUAUUUAAGGAUAAUUUUAUUUAUGAAUCUUGUGUGUUGGUUGAUCCCCUGUAUCAUUUUAAUCUUGAUUUGUAAUUUACUGAAUCUCUAAUUAAUGUUGAAGAUAAUGUGGGAGUUAAGUGUAGUGCACUAGAUGAGGACUCUCGGCUUUCUCGUAGCACCAACGUCUCGGUCAUAAUUCCAAAGAUAUGCUAAUGAGGUGAUAUCAUGGAUCCCAAAGCCUUCGCCAAGUUAUCGAGGAAGCUGGCCAAAGUGCCUAAGAAGAAAGAGGAGGCCUCGUCCCUCCAGAAACCCGUGGAUGAGUAUUUCAAGGAGGUCGAGGCUCCCAAGAAGCCGGAGGGCGAGGAACCGUCGAAGGAGGUUGCCGCCGAUGACGCUGAUGCCGGGGGCUCCCAGGUUGGGGAGCUUAAACGGAAGAAUGCCGGGAAGGGCGUGGCGCCUCCGGAGAAGAAGAGGAAGGGAACCGGGGGGAAGAAGGAUGCCCCCUUGGUGAUCCUUGAUGAGCCCCCCUCCUUUCAGGCCUCGGAGUCCGCCCCCCUCGAGGAUUUUGAAGAGGGCGCCUGGCCCCGGGAAACAGUGCAGUUCUCCUUCAAGAAGGGGACUGCUAUCAUGCACGGCACCCUCGAUCCGAGGGAGUUUCUGAGGGGUGCCACUCCUCCGCUGGACCGGUCCACCCUCGGCCGGUUUGAUGAUAAAGCUCUCGAGCUCAAGGCCCUCCAGGCCUCAGUUUCUGCUAGCGUGGCCCUCGGGGAGUAUGUCCGGAGGGUGGACCAAAUGCGCCUCCGGAAGGCGGAAGACGACGAGGCCCUUAAGAGGCUCGUUGCAAAGAACACGGAGGCCAUACGGAAGAUGGCUGGGCUGGAGGAGGCUCUUCGGCAGGCUGACCAGAGGCUGGAGGCUGCCAAGAAUGAGGCCAGGGCCGAGGGCAUCGCCAAGGGGAAGGCUGAGGCAGAGAAAGUUGCCGCUGAAGCCGCCCAAGCAGCCGCCGAGGAAGCCGAUAGGGCCAAAGCCGAAGCCGUUGCUAAAGCCGCCGAGGGUGCCGUUGCUUCUUUCGUUGCCGAUGGCUGGAAGGCCGAAGAAUACCAGCAGUGGGUGGCCUCGGUGGUUGAGGCCAAAGCGGAUGCCUGGGUAAAGGGCCCCGGGGCAAUGUGGCUUGCCCUGAAGGGGAAAAGUUUUUAUGAGGGCGCCCAAUACUUUACUCAGGCUAUGCUAUACCGGAGGCUUGCUCGGCACCACGGCGUAGAUCCGAAGGAGUUUCAGCCUGAAGCCUACGGUCUCCCCCCCCCCUUCUGCCGGAUGUGAGGGUCCCCCUCCCUGAGGGUGAAGAGAGGCAGCUACUUGAGGAUUCCGAACUGGCCAGGUGUGAUUCUGACGAUGAUGAGGGUGAUGCCUCCUCCGAGCUGAAGGAUGUCUCCCAAGUAGCUGAUACUUAAGAUUUUUUGUAAUAUUUUUGUGGUUGUAAACUUCGGCUUCGGCCACAUGUAACCAAACACUUGUUACUUUGAAUAUUUCUGAUGAUGAAUAUAUGGGUACGCCCCCGGGAAUUUUAUUAUUGGUGAACAUACUUUUCUUUUG